CAAGGACAAACUUUUUGUUUGCUGCUCUUUCCUAGGGCUGCCCAGAAGCUGAACCUCUCCAAACGGAAGAAGCCUCAGCCGCUUCCUCCUUCCCCACCUGACCCAGAAGAGCCGUUCUUCUACACUGAUGGCUUCAGCUCUGCCCUGCAGCUCUCGCCCCCACCUGUACCCCCAUGUCUCCUCAGGGCAGGGUCAAAGGCUAAGGACAGCCCUGGGAUGGGAAAGGUGAAAGUAAUGGUGCGGAUAUGCCCUCCCAAAGGAUCACGAGACACCUCAGAAUCCAUGUCCUUUCUCAAGGUAGAUGGCCAUAAGAAACAGCUGACCUUUUGUGAGCCACCCACCUGCACACGCUCCACCUCUGCCACCGCCCCAAAGAUGUUUACCUUUGAUGCCGUCUUCACUCAAGAUGCUUCACAGGCAGAGGUAUGCUCAGGGACAGUGGCAGAGGUUAUCCAAUCUGUGGUCAACGGGGCAGAUGGCUGCAUCUUCUGUUUUGGUCAAGCCAACCUUGGCAAAAGCUACACCAUGAUCGGCAGGGACAGCUCUACACAGAGCUUAGGUGUGGCACCCUGUGCUAUAUCUUGGCUCUUCAAGCUCAUUGAGGAAAGGAAAGAAAAGGCCGGCACACGAUUCUCCAUCCGUGUGUCCGCUGUGGAAAUCUGUGGUAGGGAGGAGGUGCUGAGAGACCUGUUGGCUGACUUUUCCAAAGGGACUACCCAGGACAGUCAGGGAGAAGGAAUUUCCCUGAAAGAGGACCCAGUCUGUGGAUCCCAGCUGCAGAACCAGAGCGAGUUACGGGCGUACUCUGCAGAGAAGGCGGCUUUCUUCUUGGAUGCAGCACUGGCAGCACGCAGCACCAGCAGAUCUGACUGCAAGGAAGAGGACCGCUGGAAUUCUCACAUGCUCUUCACCCUACAUAUUUCCCAGUACCGUAUGGAGAAGAGCACCAAAGCAGGAAUGUCUGGAAGUCGUAGCCGUCUGCAUCUUCUGGACUUAGGCAGUUGUGAGUCUGAUCUGAGCCAUACACGAGAUGGAGGGAGAGGCCAAUGUCUGUCAUUGGGUGCCCUUGGAAAUGUCAUCCUCGCUUUGGCCAAUGGAGCCAAGCAUGUGCCAUACAGAGACAGCAAGCUUACCAUGCUGCUGAGGGAAUCGCUGGGCAACAUCAACUGUAGAACCACCAUGAUCGCCCACAUCUCUGACUCGCCAGCCAAUUAUGCUGAAUCUCUUACCACUGUGCAGCUUGCCUCUCGUAUUCACCGCAUGAGAAAGAAGAAAUCCAAGUAUGCAUCAAGUUCCUCUGGAGGGGAGAGCUCCUGUGAAGAGGGACAUAUCAGACGAAGACCCUUCUACCCUCGGACUGUGGCUCUUGACCCAGACCACCCUGCAAUGUUAUCCAGUGAUCCAGAUUACUCUUCAAGCAGUGAGCACUCAUGUGAUACAGUGAUCUAUGUGGGGCCUGGUGGGGCCCCUAUUUCUGACCGUGAACUCAGCGACAAUGAAGGCCCUCCAGCAUUUGUUCCUAUCAUUCCCUCCCUAAACAAGAAGCGUGUAAAAGAAGGACCGAAAUCUGAUGGGGACCACCUCAAAUGCAACACCUUUGCAGAGUUACAAGAACGGCUUGAGUUUAUUGAUGGCAGUGAGAGCACAUCUGUUUUCACCAGUGAAGAAAAAUGCCAACAGACAGCCUCCAAAAGUGGAGCAGACAAAAUGUCAGAAGGUGCUUCUGUGUCAUCCAGGACCGCCAAGUCCCCUCUUCAAAAGCUUGCACACCUGCAACAUGGAGCCACAUCUGAAAUUAACACGACUUUAAGGCAAGAUUCAGAGCCUGUUGUGAGAGAGAAAGUCUUUAGUAGAGGGCCUAUACAAAAACCCCAUGCCUCGUCCUCACAGAACAUCUCAAAGACCUCAGUUCCUAAUACGGAGUAUGGCUUAGCCACACGGACACCUCCAGUGGGUAUGAGCCAGCAAGCCCUAAGACAGGGAGAACGAAAUGACUCCCCAAUUACUGAAAGAUUCCAUCACCUCAGUAGAAGUCCUAUAGAGGUGAGCCACCUACGAGCUACUUUGAGGAACAGGUGCCUUGAUAGCGAUGUUUUAAGGACUACAGUUACACUGCAGCAGCCGGUGGAGCUCAAUGGAGAGGAUGAGCUGGUGUUUACAGUGGUUGAAGAGCUGCCUGCUGGCCUGGUUCCAGACAAUGGGAGACCCUCCAGCAUCAUUAGCUUCAAUAGCGACUGCUCUUUGCAGCCCCUGGCAUCUCACUCACGGCCUGUUAGCAUUAUCAGUAGCAUCAACGAUGAGUUUGAUGCUUACACAUGCCAGAUAAACAGAUCCCAGCUGAACCAAGGUGCUGCUUCCAAGUCACAAGAGGAAUCUACAGAUGGACAUGCCACUGCACACUCUUCAAUCAGCUCCUGGUCUUGCAGGACAAAUAUUUGUACCCCGAGUAGUGAUGAGACUAAAAGGAGCCUCUCAUCAAAGGGAGUGCGCAAGGGACCGGUCAGCAGCUCUUUGAUGGAUUUACCUGGUGGUUUACAAGUUGAGUCUUUCUCCCAGCAAAGAACAAAUAGUUCAUUGGGUGACAGUGGAAUUUGCUUUUCGGAACAAGACUAUGAUUCUGCAACCAUUGACAAAUUGUCCAUAUCUAAGUGCCCUCUUUCUCAUGACAGUACCAAAGCAUCCCUCUGUGGUCCAAAGUCAAUGAAAUCUAAUAGACUCAUGACUUCACAGUCUGCCCAGAUCUCAUAUAUUUCUACACUCCCUAGAAAGAGCACCCAAAUUGCAUCUUCUAGCAAAAGCUACACCCAUGAGCUGCAACGCCAAGGUAGCAAAAUAGAUGAACAAUGGACCCACACUAGUAGUGCGAUAACAUCAGCCAGGAAUUCUGAGUUUAGCUCUGUUGGUAAACAACCAAAAAAUGGCAUGAGUGGGAUUCCAUCUAGAAAGACAAGCGGGAAUAGCAACAGUGUACCUCGCCCUUCCAAAAUGCAUGUGUCAUCCACAUCUCAAAGGGUUGUAGAUGGUUGUGAGAAGGCCAGUUUUAAGAAAGGGGACCUAAGCAAGAUGCCUCAGCUCAAGCGGGGGGCCACCACUCUCGGCAUGGUUUCAGUGCCCCAUAGCUCCUCUGAGACGAAAUGGGGUAAUGAUGCCUCGCACACAACUGGUAGCCUGAAAUUCUCAUCCUUAGGAAAGAGAGCUAAUGGACAGAAGGGUAGUAUGCUCCCUAAGUCUGGAAGCAUGUCACCCCCUGCUCCACCUGUUCGAAAGUCAAGCCUCGACCAGAAAACACGAAUUUUGUUGUCUCCUAGUGCCUUAAAGUCUGUGGGUAAGGAUGGAACAAGAUUGUCUUCCUCCAAAGCAUCGGUUUCUGAGGAAGACUUUGAUGUACGUGUUAGGGGGGAAUCCUUUAGCUUUAAAUCAUCUAGCCUGAAGACAGUUUCUAGUCUCAGAUCACAUAGUGCUAAAGGAGACAAUGGAAGGCAUUUUGGUAGUCUUAUGUCCCUUGAAAGGUGUGAGAGUUUAACCUCAGUGGGUUCCAGACCAGUAACCUCGAGGGAGAACAGUAAUGUCAGUAUCAGUAGCACUGGCAAAUCUGCUAAAAUGGUACCAAAACUUGGGACUCCCUGUUCCAUAUCUACACCAACUGCAACUUCCCCUCCAUCUACUAGUGGAAUUUGUAAGCUUGGACAGAUAAAGGCCAGUAUAACCCCUAGAGCCAUUGUUGGGAAUGGCAACAAAGGAAAGUCCUUGUCGAGUACUGGUUCAAAGGCCCUUAGCUCAUCCACCAAGUUCCUUGCCGUCACAGCUGCUCGGAACACCAGUCUACCUCCAACUGGAAAACCUCCAAAUCGCUCUGUCACAGGCUCCAAUGUUAAACAAGGAAGGGGCACUAUUAUAAGCACAAAGCAAGCGGUUCGUGCAGCUAACAGUCGGGUCAGUGAAUUAGCAGUUGGUAGCUCCAAGAAAAACCUCAGGGGCUCUGACCAAGCAGAUGGCAACAAUGAUGCCCGAACUUCCAGUGAAAUGCCAUUGGCUGCUUGUUUACCCUCUCCGUACAGCAAAAUCACUGCCCCUCGCCGUCCACAGCGCUACAGUAGUGGCCACGGUAGUGACAACAGCAGUGUACUUAGUGGUGAGCUGCCCCCUGCCAUGGGGCGCACUGCACUUUUUUAUCACAGUGGAGGCAGCAGUGGCUAUGAGAGCAUGAUCAGGGACAGUGAAACCACAGGCAGUGCAUCUUCUGCCCAUGAUUCCAUGAGUGAGAGUGGAGUGUCCACGUCCAGUCGAACAAAGACCUCAAAAUCUCCCAAAAAGAGAUCUAAUGGUCUGCAGCGACGGCGUCUGAUUCCAGCUCCUCUGCCAGACACCUCUUCUCUGGGCAGGAAGGUUGGUGCAGCAGGCCAGUGGGUUGAUCUACCCCCACUGGGGGGUACUAUAAAGGAACCCUUUGAGAUCAAAGUGUACGAGAUUGAUGAUGUGGAACGUCUUCAGAGACGAAAAGAAGGGUUGGCAGAAGGUCUGCAGUACUUCAACGCCCGCCUUAGGAUGCUGGAGAAGAGGCAGCAGGAGAUCAGGGAGUUAAGAGCAAAGCACGAGAAGCUGAAAAAGGAGUUGGAGGACGCCAAGUCUCGUCUCAUGCUGGACCCCAGCAAAUGGAUGGGAGAAUUUGAUGUGGACCCUGAUCUGGACCAGGAGUCGCAGACCUACCUGGAGGCUCUAGCUCAGGCCACAGGAGACCUGGAGUUUUGUGUCAACCUAUGCAAGUCUCGUGUAAUGAUGGAGACCUGCUUCGACAUCGCAGUUCCCGCGAUACCAGGACAGAGUGGACAACAAGAAAUGGAGGUGUAAGAGACAACAAA